CGUUGAUACUUCAAACGUAAGGCCUACGAGGGCUUCUUCUAUCAGAUCAGUACCAGUCGUGUGUGUUUAAUAUUCCAAAAGUUACUUGUGAUUUAUUAAAGUGUUCAAAAAGGAAUUAAAAUGGCGAGAAAUCCAUAUGCCAACACACAGAUGCAAAAUUUCUGGAAAGAAACGUGUGAAAAAGAAGCUUCAGCUAGACUCCAGUCGUUUGCUAAAAUGAGAGGGCAGGAGCGAAGUAAACCUCGCCAACUAGAAGUUUUCCGUAAAAGAAUUGAAGACAACAAACCAUCCGAUUCUCUGUUGGAAAGAUUGCCCCCUAUACCAACCGAUCAAAAAUUUAGCAGGAAAAAAGCGGACCUAAACGCUCCGAUGGGUCUAGAUAAUGUUGAUGCCAGCGCUUUUCUUGACGCCCCUGAAAUGCGAGCACCGUCGCCCGCAGUCAGAAGUACGUUGUACGACGGCUUCACCAAAGAGGGAAAGGGGCGUUGCAUCUACCUAAGAAAUAGGUACAACAAGAUCCCCGAGGACAAGUUCAGCUUCCCCACCUGCUCAUCUUGGGAGUACGGUUGGAGGCUAGGUGACGUCAUCAAGAAGGAAGACAUCAAGAAGCCCAAGUUUGGUCGGACCAAAAUCGUAGAGGACACGUUCUAUACCAGGAAUGGACUCAUGAGCGACUGCAACAGAGUUCAUUAGACUUUUUGACUCGUGAGCUUUCACUGUAAUCUUGAUUAAAUUAUUUCACAGACUGACACCCUCCACGGCCGCUUGGCUUCCUACAAUCAUCUAUACACAACAGACGCAAAAGUAUUACAUUUACUACUUUUUAUUCAGCAACAGACGCAAAAGUAUUACAUUUACUACUUUUCAUUCAGCAACAGACGCAAAAGUAUUACAUUUACUAUUUUUGAUUCAGCAACAGACGCAAAAGUAUUACAUUUACUAUUUUUGAUUCAGCAACAGACGCAAAAGUAUUACAUUUACUAUUUUUGAUCCAGCAGAGGAACUUUCUUUUUGUUCUACAUCUUUGACAAUAUUCUACCUAGGAGACAAGUAUUUUAAUGACAUGCUAUCACCUGAAAACUGGGAGUGAUCUCAUUGGGAUUCUAAAAAUAGAUGAUAGGAAUGAACGAGUCCAAAGCUGAGUUGAAUCCACGGAGUAAUGGCCGUCAAGGACAGUGUUUAUUUAUAGUUUAUUUUUGUGUAAGUUAUUGUUGAUUCCACGCUAAGAUUGCAACUCUUAUUGUAAAAUAUGUUUAUGUUUUGUCAUGGUGGUAUGGUUGUUAGAGUAGCAUGUUUAGAAUGGUGGUAUGGUUGUUGGUGUAGCAUGCUCAGAAUGGUGGUGUGGUUGUUGGUGUAGCAUGCUCAGAAUGGUAGUGUGGUUGUUGGUGUAGCAUGCUCAGAAUGGUGGUGUGGUUGUUGGUGUAGCAUGCUCAGAAUGGUGGUGUGGUUGUUGGUGUAGCAUGCUCAGAGCCGGAUUUAGACACAUUGUGUGGAUGCAUCAAGAUGUUACAUGGCGACAUUUAGCUGUUACAACGUGAAGGCAGUAGUGAAAUAAGUUGAAUGGUGCCCAUGAGAGGUUGACAGACCUUAAAUCGGAGCUUGUGACGUAGGGAGGGCCAGUGCCGCCCGGGCGGACAAGAUUUUGCAGACCCCCCCUCUCACGAAGCAAACCCUUCAGGUGUCCCAAAAUGCUGGCCAUUCAUUUAACGAAAAAAAAAAGUGGCGCCCCAGUACCAUGCGCCCUCCACCCAGUCCUAUAGGACGGGGGAGGAGGACACAUAGGACGGGGAGGAGGACAUAUAGGACGGGAAAUUGCGUCCUUUUACCCCACCCUGGUUUAACUCUGGCUCUGGUUGUGUACAAUGUUUAAACAUGAUUCUUUGAAGCUUACUUAUUGUUGUUAUUAUUUGUACAUGAAAAAUCCAAUGUACACAUUUGUUUUAAAGACCCUAUCUGACCCAUGAAUGAUAGUUGUCUUGAGACCCUAUCUGACCCAUGAAUGAUAGUUGUCUUAAUUGUCAGUUAUGUAAGAGUUAAACAGAACAAAUGUUGUGAUUUAAGCAGCUUUUUGCAUGUCUUCACUAUUCCAACUAUCCUGUGAUAUUGGUCCAGAUAGAAAUAUUUUGAGAAUUAUUGUAAUAAUGUGAUCACGUCUCCAGACAUUAAUUGUGCUGUUAAAUGAUUGAAUACGAUAUACUUCAUUGAUGUCAUGUCUAUACGAGAGAGGGGGAAAGUCUUCACCAAGAUGUCUGUGCGAGUGAAUCGGGUUUGAUAUGCACACCAAUAUGCAUAUUAUGUCUUUUGUGCCUACUUCCGCCAUCAAAGUCAAAUGGGCAGGACUUAAUUCUCAUCAAGUCAUUUUAAAGACUUUGUAUUUGUGUCUUUCUACGUCUCGUAUUCCCCGGAAACACUACCACCACACAUACACAAAUACACUCACACACACCAAUGCCACCCAUACACACAUACCACACGUAACACAAAUACAUUCACACACAAAACCACCCAUACACACAUACCAUACACAUACACACACACCACCACCCACACACACACGCACACCCGGAACCUGUGCCUGUGAAUAAACCAGAGUUAAAUGCUAAAGUUGUGUCACCACCUCCAACGACCACCUGAUAGAUACGAAAUGUUUUUUCCCCUUUCAUUAUGUCAUAUCUUUUUUCUGUGUGAACGUUUACUUGCAUUUGUUCAAUUCAUAUUUGGAUGUCAAAAUUUUGAUGUGAAAAUGGCUCUUACACGUUUUAUAACAACCUUAAAAAUGACAAAAUAUAAAUGUGUUUUAUUUUUUUAAAUUUUUAAUUCAAAUUUUAAAGUUUUUUUGUAAUGGAAAUUAUCUUGUGCCAGACAAACUAAACAUUUGUUUUUCGUGACGCCAUUUCUAGUUAACAGAACCUAACGUUGGUUUACACACCUGCCAGGUAAAUGCCAAAAAAAAAAAAAAACCCAACCUACCCAGGCAAACACGCCUUUGUGAACCCAACCCAACCCCCUUAAACAUUUGUUUUUCGUGACGCCAUUUCUAGUUAACAGAACCUAACGUUGGUUUACACACCUGCCAGGUAAAUGCAAAAAAAAAAAAAAAACCCAACCUACCCAGGCAAGUAUGCCUUUGUGAACGGAAUCAAUACACCUAGGCUGGCACUAAAGGUCUCCUUACGAGGGUGAUUUCAAUCGAUCCUAAUUCUCGUUACUGACAGCAACAUUGCACACUAAGCAGGCCAGGUGGAGGUCCCCCCGAGUUAAACAAAGCAAAAAAAAAAUAUAUAUACAAAAGUUGUUUUCCCUAAGAACCAACUAUAGUCUAUUGAUAUUAUAGAUGUAAUGUAAAAAUCCUGCUUGGCAUUUUCUCCUUUCAAGUUUUGGUCGGCAUAAUAGUUCAAGCGCUUCAUUUACCACUUUUAGAAACUAAAUUUAUGUGUAUUCACAUUUGAUCUUUCGCAUUUUUUGCUUUAAUGUUCUUCUCUAGCAUCCACAGGCACCUAUAUAGAGUAUCCAUAGGCAUAUGGUCAGAUUAUCCACAUGCACCUAGAUAGAUUAUCCCCAGGCACCUAUAUAGAGUAUCCAUAGGCAUAUGGUCAGAUUAUCCACAGACACCUAGCUAGAUUAUCCCCAGGCACCUAUAUAGAGUAUCCAUAGGCAUAUGGUCAGAUUAUCCACAGACACCUAGAUAGAUUAUCCCCAGGCACCUAUAUAGAGUAUCCAUAGGCAUAUGGUCAGAUUAUCCACAGACACCUAGAUAGAUUAUCCCCAGGCACCUGUAUAGAGUAUCCAUAGGCAUAUGGUCAGAUUAUCCACAGGCACCCAGAUAGAUUAUCCACAGGCACCUAGAUAGAUAACACACAGACACAUUGAUACAAGACGCUUUGAAUUUCUGUUGUAUGCCCACCAAUGGAUGGCUCUGCUGUCAUGUAUGCCCACCAACGGAUGGCUCUGCUGUCAUGUAUGCCUACCAACGAAUGGCUCGGCAUUCAUGUAUGCCUACCAACGAAUAGCUCAGCUGUCAUGUAUGCCUACCAAUGAAUGGCUCGGCUGUCAUGUAUGAAUGCCCACCAAUGAAUGGCUCGGCUGUCAUGUAUGCCUACCAAUGAAUGGCUCGGCUGUCAUGUAUGAAUGCCUACCAAUGAAUGGCUCGGCUGUCAUGUAUGCCUACCAAUGAAUGGCUCGGCUGUCAAUAGAAAGAAAGAAAAAACUGUCAUAAACUUUUGUAAUAAUAAUUCUUCUCUGUGUCUCAAAACAUCGGCUACCCCUUGGCAUCAUUUCUUCUGCCGAGCUCUGCCCAUGCACAAUGUGUUUACUUCUGUAAAGUAACGUUAUGAGAUAUGACUGUUGCUAUUUUACUAUUUUUGUUUAUUUAUGACUCAUUUCUCAUGUCUAUUUAAAGUCAGAUUUUUAUGUAACUGUUUUUUUUUUCAAACCAUUAAAAAAACUAAUUCUUAAUUAAAGUCAACCACACAAUCGUCGCCACGUCACGUCCACACUCGGGUUUCUCAUUCUCCGGGAUUUCGGGUUCCCCGGGAACGCGGGAUGAAGCUGAAGCUCUUCCUGGGAUAAAAUUAAUUAUAAUAAAAUAUAUUAUUAACUGAAAAAUAAUAAAAUAGUGGGUUUUAAUAACUGCCUAAUCUUUAUUUUUAGUCUAACAAGUGAAAGAAAGAUGUGAAGAUUUUGGUUAUUGCUGGAAGUUGCAUCAUAUCUUCUUCUUAGCCAACGCCAAUAACAGAUAACUAGCGAAUAUUACUCUCUUUGGUUAAAUUCGGUUUCAGCGACAUAUAGACCAACAUUUGUACUUUUUUUUUUUUUGUGUUUCGCUUUCUUUUGGCAUUCUCAUUGCAAAUUAUAAUUUCGAGAAUUUCCCCGGCUCCACGGGUGAGAAGCCUUAGUCCAUGCCCUUCUUAUUUUGAUGAUCUAUACCUGUGUUUGAUAUCAACUACUCCGUAAAUGUGUUUGAUGUCAAGUGUUUAACUACUCCGAAAAUGUGUUUGAUGUCAAGUGUUUAACUAUUCUAAAUAUUGUUUUUUUGGUAUUUUGUAUAACGUGUGUUUGCGUCAAGUGUUUAACUACUCUGAAAAUGUUUUUGAUAUCUAGUGUUUAACUACUCUGAAUAAUGUGUGAUUGAAAUCAAAUGCUUAGCUACUCUAAAUGAUGUGGAAAGCUCCGCCUUUGCCCUAUUCAAUACGUGCCGUCCAUGACCGCUAUAUUGUUUCUUGGUUACAACAGUGUUUGCCAUCUUAUACCAUUGUGUUAUUUUAUUCUUGUGUGCAGCUUGUUUCGUCUUACGAAAUUAUCUAUGUCAGGAUAGGAAAGCUUAGAUGACAUGUCAGGAUAGAAAAGUUUAGAUGACAUGUCAGGAUAGGAAAGUUUAGAUGUCAUGUCAGGAUAGGAAAGUUUAGAUGACAUGUCAGGAUAGGAAAGUUUAGAUGUCCUGUCAGGAUAGGAAAGUUUAGAUGUCAUGUCAGGAUAGGAAAGUUUAGAUGUCAUGUCAGGAUAGGAAAGUUUAGAUGCCAUGUCAGGAUAGGAUUUAGAUGACAUGUCGGGUAGGCAAGUUAAGAUGUCAUGUCAGGAUAGAAAAGUUUAGAAGUCGUGUCAGGAUAGGAAAGCUUAGAUGCCAUGUCAGGAUAGGAAAAUUUAGAUGUCCUGUCAGGAUAGAAAAGUUUUGAUGUCGUGUCAGGAUAGGAAAGUUUAGAAGCCAUGUUAGGAUAGGAAAGUUUAGAAGCCAUGUCAGGAUAGUAAAGUUUAGAUGUCCUGUCAGGAUAGGAAAGUUUAGAUGUCCUGUCAGGAUAGGAAAGUUUAGAUGUCACGUAAAACACAAUAAUUUGUAGAUGUCUGUUGUUGCCUGCUAUUGUGUACUGAAUCAGUUUUAGAUGAACAUGUGGGAAACAUAAUAAUAUCACUAUUGGCGUUAAAAGAACCCUGUCAAGUAUUAUGAAUGUACAUUAAUUCGAAUGCUCAAUAAAGUGUGAAGAUAUAUAUAUAUAUUUAAAAAAUGAAGUAUUUUUGUUUAAACUGUGCUAUUUUGUUCCAAAGUAGAUUUGCCUACGAAAAAUUGACCUAUUUUGUACAGUAUUCUAGACUUUGACUUACUCGGCUCAUGAAAUGAUCCGUACAGAACUAAUCACUUCUCUCUUAACUAGACUUGAAAGUAUUCAGAUUGUAAAUAAACAUAUUUUAAAAGCGCAUUAAAGCUCCUCAGCUG